UUGAGCUUGUUUGUGGCAGUUACGACUACUAGUUUGAAUAUUUAGUUGGAUAUGAGCUCUGUUUCGGGUAAAGAUUCAGACUUUGAGAUCUCGGCUUCUUCGAGUCCGCGUUUAACGCAGCAUGUUGGAUCUGAAGAUUCUCUGGAACCCGAUGGAGAUGAAACUGGUUUUAUAAACCAAACUGUGAAUGAAGAAUCAGCUACCAAAUCCACUUUAGGUUCUUUACCUCUCAAGUCUUCAGAUGAUGAAGACGAGGAUGAGAACCUUACUACUGCUCCGGUUGUUCUCAUCCCUGCUAUAAAAGGCAGCCGGGAGAAGCAUGGCUUGACACUGAAGAAGACGAGUAGCUUAAAUAAAAGAAUUAGAGAAUAA